CCCGAUCUAAAAUACCCAUCUCAUUCCUCCCUCAAAUCCCGCUCCUUUUUUCAAAUCGGAACCCUAAAGGAGCAACCUUUAUUAGGGGUUUAAGGGUUGUGUUCUCCGAGAAAUGUUGAAUGUCAGGUUCGUUAAUGAAUCUGUUGUCUCUCUGUUUCAAGCCAUUCGGCAACUUUCGCGAUAACUCCUCCGACUCCGCCGGAUCGAGCGGCGGCGCCGAAGGCAAAGACGGUCUCCUCUGGUUCCGUGAUCUCGGUAAAUACCGCGGCGGAGAAUUCUCCAUGGCCGUGAUCCAAGCCAAUCAGGUCUUAGAGGAUCAGAGCCAGAUCGAGUCAGGACAUUUCGGGACUUUCGUCGGUGUUUAUGACGGUCACGGCGGUCCUGAAGCUGCCCGUUAUGUCUGUGAUCAUCUCUUCAACCACUUUCGAGAGAUAUCAGAGGAGACGCAAGGAGUUGUGACAAGAGAUACGAUAGAGAGAGCGUUUUGUGCCACGGAGGAAGGGUUUGGUUCGCUUGUCUCUGAGGUGUGGAGUAGGAUGCCUAAUUUAGCAACCGUUGGGACUUGUUGUUUGGUUGGUGUGAUUUAUCAGAGUACUCUUUUUGUGGCGAGUUUGGGGGAUUCAAGGGUUGUUUUAGGGAAGAAAGGGAACUUUGGUGGUGGGGUUUCUGCUGUUCAGCUUUCGAGUGAGCAUAAUGCUAAUAAUGAGGAUAUUCGUUGGGAGCUUAAGGAUUUGCAUCCUGAUGAUCCGCAGAUUGUUGUGUUUAAGCAUGGUGUUUGGAGGGUUAAGGGUAUUAUUCAGGUUUCGAGAUCUAUUGGAGAUAUGUAUAUGAAAAGGCAAGAGUUUAACAGGGAGCCUAUUAAUCAGAAGUUUAGAAUUGCAGAGCCAAUUAAGAGACCGUUGAUGUCUGCAACCCCAACCAUACUCUCUCAUCCGCUGCAUCCUAAUGAUUUGUUCCUCAUUUUUGCGUCUGAUGGUCUGUGGGAACAUUUGAGUAACGAAAGAGCAGUUGAGAUUGUUCAUAACCAUCCCCGCGCUGGAAGUGCAAAGAGAUUGAUAAAGGCGGCACUUCAGGAGGCAGCGAGGAAAAGAGAGAUGAGAUAUUCAGAUUUAAAGAAGAUUGACAAGAAAGUGAGACGCCAUUUUCAUGAUGACAUCACGGUUAUAGUAGUGUUCUUGAACCAUGACCUCAUCUCCAGAGGUCAAACCAACUCAACCCAAGACUCACCCCUCUCUGUCAGGAGUGCUCUUGAACACUAAAAACAUGAUAAAACAUUUUUACAGUGUUUCUUUCAUCUUCUACUUGGUUAUAUGAGUGUUGCCUAAGAGGUAAUGAAAAGCUAGGCAACAUCUGAAGAAACAAAAAAAAGAUAAAAACGAAAAUGAGUUGUGUUGUAUUAAGCGGCUGUGUUUGACAUGUUUCUCUUCUGAUUACUAUUCUUGUGCUCGGCAUUUACUGUCGUGUGCUGUUUCCUCAAAAGACUUCUUGCCGUUUUUCUUGUUAUGUAUGUUUAUCCCUUUUGACAGGCGUGUGACAAUAAGUCUGUAACAUAGAUGUACUGUUAUAACCAUAACAUGUGUAACUUUAUAUUAUUUUUUUAUCAUCAUGAAAAGAGGUGAUGCUUUCGAU